AGAUAGGAAAAAUAUGGAACAACUCCGGUCACAAAUAUCACGAAAUUGAAUUGAAUUGAUUCGGGAAAACUCAAUGAUGUUUCUGGCAAAUUUUUCCCAAGUUUUAUUGGUCCUAUUAUUUUUUCAACUGACGAAAGCAUAUCCAGAGAUUACGCUCGACAAUCCAGCGAAUACAAACAUGACAGAUUCGAAGGAGGAAAAUUUCAAACAAACCCUGGAGAUGCUUAAAUCCGAAAAUGUUAGCGAUUUGUUGGAAAUAAUUCAGGAUUUAUCUCAGAACAACAGCAAUGCAUCUCUAGAAGUCAUGAGAGAAAUCUUUUUAGAGCUCAUCUGUCCAACCACCUGGACGUGGAUACUUAUAUUUUGUCACUGCGUCGUCUUCGUGAUUGGUAUAGUAGGCAACUGUCUAGUGUGCGUGGCGGUUUAUAGAAAUCACACUAUGAGAACAGUUACCAAUUAUUUCAUAGUGAAUUUGGCAGCAGCUGACUUUUUGGUGAUUCUGUUUUGUCUGCCACCGUCUGUGAUUUGGGACGUGACCCUGACGUGGUGGUUCGGAACAGUUUUGUGCAAGAUUGUUCUAUAUUUGCAGGUAUGUAACAAUUAA